AUGGGUAAAGGCACGGACAAGCUGUACAUCACCCAUUCGGAGUGGUCGUCGUCGGACGGUUUCUCUGCAUCAACGGGCGCGCAAGCUCGCGCCGGUGCUGGUUCUUUCAAGCGUCUGCCUUUCAACUUUUGUGCCGCCUCUCUUCAGCCCUUCAAGAACCCAGUCUGCACGGCUGAUGGAACAAUAUUUGACCUCGAGGUCAUUUCGAAAUGGCUCGACUCGCACGACACAAACCCCGUCGACGGCAAGCCUCUGCAGCUCAAAGAUCUUUUCAAGCUCAACUUUGCGCGAAACGGUGACUUCGAUGCGAGCCGCACGGAUGGCGAUGCUCAAGGCGACCUGAUUGAUCCUGUCACAUUCAAGGUCUUCACCGACAACACUCACAUUGUUGCCAUUCGGCACGGAACUUAUGCCAACGUUUUCGCUUGGGAAACUGUCGAUCGCAUGAACAUCAAGGCCAAGAUGUGGAGAGACCUGGUUGACGACAAGGAGUUUGGUCGCUCAGAUAUCAUUACCUUGCAGGAUCCCCAGAACGCGGCGAGUCGGGAUUUGAGCCAAUUCAAGUAUCUCAAGGACGGCGAGGACGCCUUGCUGACGAAACAGCAAGAGGAAGAGAGGAAAGAGGGCAACGUCAACAUCAGCGCGCUAGGAAGAGUCGGCGACAAGGUCCUCCGGGCAAAAGAGGCUGUUGAGAAGGCGCGGCGGGAACGAGAGGCAGGAGGCGACGUCAAUCGCUCUAAAGCACUUGCAAAAGCCACCGGCACCAAUGUGCCCCGACAAUCUAUGAUCCAGGACAAGAAGCGCGCAGACAAUUCGGCUGUAUACACAACUGGGCGUGCUGCCGCCUCCUUCACCUCGACUGGUCUCACUCCGGAAACGAGCGGCGAGCGAGCUAUAAUGACUGAGGAAGAAUAUAUGCUUAAGCCAAAGCGGAUAAAACACAAGGGUUACGCACGGAUGGAGACCAACCUUGGCGAUCUGAAUAUCGAACUCCAUCCCGAAUAUGCACCAAAAGCCGUGUGGAAUUUUGUCCGUCUUGCGCAAACUGGAUAUUACAGAGGCAUUUCCUUCCACCGGAAUAUACGGAACUUUAUGAUACAAGGUGGAGAUCCAACGGGCACAGGCCGCGGCGGAGAGAGCAUUUGGAAGAAAAACUUUGCCGACGAGUUUCAAGGACCUUUGACGCAUGAUUCACGCGGUAUGCUGAGCAUGGCAAACAAGGGCAAGAACACCAACUCUAGUCAGUUUUUCAUCACCUAUCGACCUGUCAAGCACCUUGAUCAAAAACAUACGAUAUUUGGCAAGGUUGUUGGCGGAUUGGAUGUACUCAAGAAGAUGGAGGAUGUACCCACGGAUGGCAGUGACCGUCCAUUGAACAAAAUUGUCAUCAAAGACAUUGUAGUAUAUCUGGAUCCAUUCGAGGAGUUUCAAAAGGCCAAGAACGAUCGAGAACGUAAAGAAGAGGAAAGGAAAAAUAUUGCGUUGCAAGGUGGAACUGAAGAUGACAAGACCACCUGGACAGGCAAGCGACUAAGGCAGGACGGCACAGUUGAUCAGGCAAACAGCGCAGGCAAUGUGGGCAAAUACUUGCAAGAUGCCCUGAAACGUCAAUCUGGCACUGGGAAAGUUGUCGAGGACGAAAUCGUGGAAGAAGACGUGCCAGAUACGUGGGACGAGCCUGUGCGGAAGAAGGCGAAGAGCGGAGGCUUUGGAAAUUUCGACGCUUGGUGA